AUGGGUAUUUCCAGGGAUUCUCGUCACAAGAGAGCUGCUACCGGUGCUAAAAGAGCCCAGUUCAGAAAGAAGAGAAAGUUUGAGUUGGGAAGACAAGGCGCCAACACCAAGAUCGGAACCAAGAGAAUCCACGCCGUCAGAACCAGAGGUGGAAAUGUCAAGUACAGAGCUUUGAGAAUCGAGACGGGUAACUUCUCGUGGGCCUCUGAGGGCAUCUCUAGAAAGACCAGAGUGUCCGGUGUGGUGUACCACCCAUCCAACAACGAAUUGGUGAGAACCAACACAUUGACCAAGUCUGCUAUCGUCCAAAUCGACGCUACUCCUUUCAAGCAAUAUUUCGAGCAACAUUACGGUGUUACCCUUGGAAAGAAGACCAAGGCUGCUGAGGAAGAAGUCAAGAAGAGCAACAAGUUGCAGAGAAAGCUUGCUGCCCGUGCUGGUGACGCCAAGAUCGAGCCUGCUGUUUCUUCCCAGUUCGGAUCUGGUAAGCUGUACGCUUGCAUUUCGUCCAGACCAGGCCAAUCUGGAAGAUGUGACGGUUACAUUUUGGAGGGUGAGGAGUUGGCUUUCUACCUCAGAAGACUGACUGCUAAGAAAUAA